CAACCGGACUCGCUUCCUUGACAGCCCCUCAUACGCGCUAGGUUCCCACUGGACUGGAGCGCAAGGACAACUCAAGCUGGCUAGCUGACUGUUAGCUUAGCUUAUUGCAUCCAGCCCGAGCCAGCGAGCGACGUGUCGUCAAGUGAAGACGGGAAAGGACGCCAACAUGUCCAAAGACAAGAGCGACACAAUUAUGGAGGUGGACAACAAGGUGCUGUGGUACCCGGACUCCAAGAGGGACACGCGGAUGGACCAGUUCAGGCGGCAGGUGAACCGCCAGCACGGGCUUGACUUGGUCAACUACGGCGACUUGUACCAGUGGUCGGUGGAUUGCUUCGGUGACUUCUGGGCAAAUGUGUGGAGCUUCUGCGGCGUGGUUAGCUCCAAACCAUACCACCAGGUCGUGGACACAUCCAAGCGUAUUUCGGACGUUCCUGAGUGGUUUUCAGGUGCUCGCCUCAACUACGCAGAAAACCUGCUCAAACACGCCGAUGAGGACAAAGUGGCUCUUUAUGCCGCAACCGAGGCUAACGAGGAGAUUGUAAAAGUCACCUUUCGGGAGUUGAAGCGUGACGUGGCAUUGUUUGCCGCCGCCAUGAGAAAGAUGGGCGUCCAGACGGGAGACAGAGUUGUGGGUUACCUUCCCAACGGCAUCCACGCGGUGGAAGCCAUGUUAGCAGCGGCCAGCAUUGGAGCCAUUUGGAGCUCCACUUCCGUCGACUUUGGCGUCAAUGGCGUUCUGGACCGGUUUUCGCAAAUCCAGCCCAAGCUGUUGGUGUCCGUCGCCGCUGUGGUUUACAAUGGGAAAACUCACGACCACAUGGAGAAGCUCACCUGUGUCGUCAAAGGCCUUCCUGACCUGCAGAAGGUGGUGGUGAUUCCAUACGCUCGCGACAAACAACACAUUAACCUCUCCAAAAUCCCCAACAGUGCGUUUAUCGAUGACUUCCUGGCGUCCGGUCGUGGCGAUAGUGAUCAUCUCCCCCAGCUGGAGUUUGAGCAGCUGCCGUUUAGCCACCCGCUUUUCAUCAUGUACUCAUCAGGAACAACCGGAGCUCCUAAGUGCAUGGUCCAUUCGGCUGGGGGCACCCUAAUCCAACAUUUAAAAGAACACAUUCUCCACGGCAACAUGAGCAGCAAUGAUGUCAUCAUCUACUACACCACGACGGGCUGGAUGAUGUGGAACUGGCUGGUGUCGUCGCUGGCGGUAGGCGCCUCAGUGGUCCUGUACGAUGGCUCGCCCCUCAUGCCGACACCCAACGUCCUCUGGAACCUGACCGAGACGCUGGGCAUCAGCAUCUUCGGCACUGGCGCCAAGUGGUUGUCGGUGCUGCAGGAGAGGAACCUGAAGCCCGCUGAAACCCACAGCCUUCAGUCUCUGCACACCAUCCUGUCGACAGGCUCCCCUCUCAAGCCCCAAAGCUACGACUACGUAUACCGCUGCAUCAAGAGCGACGUGCUGCUGGGCUCCAUCUCGGGCGGCACAGACAUUGUGUCUUGCUUCAUAGGUCAGAACCCAACAGUUCCGGUGUAUCGGGGCGAGAUCCAGACAAGAAACCUGGGCAUGGCCGUGGAAGCGUGGGAUUUUGAGGGAAAACCUGUUUGGGGAGAAAGUGGCGAGCUGGUGUGUUUGAAACCCAUCCCGUGCCAGCCCACGCGUUUCUGGAACGACGACAACAGCAGCAAGUACCACAAAGCCUACUUCUCCACUUUCCCGGGUGUCUGGGCCCAUGGCGACUACUGCAAAAUCAAUCCCAAGACGGGAGGCAUCGUCAUGCUCGGCAGGAGUGAUGGAACAUUGAAUCCCAACGGCGUUCGCUUCGGCAGCUCGGAGAUCUACAACAUCGUGGAGGCCUUCGAGGAAGUAUCAGACAGCCUGUGCGUGCCUCAGUACAACGGCGACGGCGAGGAGCGGGUGAUCCUCUUCCUCAAGAUGGCGCCGGGGAAGCCCUUCAGUGGCCAACUGGUGGCCGACGUGAAGGCGGCCAUCCGCAAGGCGCUCUCUGCCCGACACGUGCCCGCCAUCCUGCUGCAGACUGCCGACAUUCCCUACACGCUGAGCGGUAAGAAGGUGGAGGUGGCGGUCAAGCAGGUUCUGGCAGGGGGUGAGGUGUCCCAACGAGGGGCUUUCUCCAACCCCGACUCUCUUGACCUCUACAAGAACAUUCCAGAACUGCAAAACUUCUGAGCCACCAGCAGGUCGCAAAAGAGAACAGAAGAUGGCAUCAAGCUGCCUGACUAAACCCCAGAGCGGCAAACCCAAGAGGUACGUUAGCAUCAGCGCUUUGCUUUUAUUAGCUGCCAUUUUCACAUUAGGAAACCGCGGGAUGCAAAAAUCACACUGAACUUUGGACAGAGAUGAUGGAUGAACUUGAAUUCUUAUUGUUGUGGUCUGAUGAGAGAUUGGGACAGUUUCUAUUUUAGUUUUUGCAAAACCAACCCCUCUGGUUGAAUUAAGAUUUCGCAGUUGAAUCGGAACUGCAAUUAUUCUUAUUAAAAAUAAAAAAUGAAAUAAUCGAUGGUUCAACAUUCUGACCGUUUCAAACGGACAAAUGAUUUGCUUUUAACAUCGAUUCUUACUCGUUGGCUUGAUAAAAAUAUGAUUCGGGAAAAAACGUAUCGGGACUUUUUUUGCUAUGAAAUGCCGCUGACAAAAAAGUCCCAUUGGACAGUGUGUCGCUCAAAUUGUCAUUCUUAUGAUUACUCUGCACAUUUACUCGAAUAGGCAACUGCUAAAUACUUGCUGCGUCAGAGUUUUGACUUUUUUUUUUUUUUUUUUUAAGAACGGUUGGUUCCAUGAACCAGGUGCAACUCGCGCCAACACAACUAAAAGCGCGCACAUUGUGUCUAACAUACAAACGUAACAGGUUUUCCAUUCCAUGCAGACGUGUCAGUCAUUUCCCGUAUUUUCAUGAUGCAUUUUUUCUUUCAGAAAUAAAUAUUAUGAAUGUUGUUCUUGUGCAUGUCGUUGAAAUGUCCAAAUAUUUAUAAUGACCAAACAAGACAUCAUCGAUUCUCAAAAUUAAAAAAACAAAACUAAGGUUGGACACCA